CAUGUGAAAAACCACAACAGGAAGGAGGUAGACAUAGGUAAAGAAGUGUGAUUUUCAAAUGCCCUGCUGAAGGUAAAGAGCAUUACUCUAUCAGAGAUCACCAUGAAAGAAGAAAUAUUCAACUUAUCAACUCUAAGUGAUCAUAUAAUUAUGAAUUUCUCAGUGGAGAAAAAGAAUGGCAUCUACUCAGCUGGGUCCUAUGAAGAAAACAUGUUCUUUGCCACCUUAUACAUCAUUGUCUUCAUCGUGUCUGUUCCGUGCAAUAUGCUGGCUCUAUGGGUUUUCCUUCAGAGCAAGAGCUCCUCCUCUUCCAAGGUGUUCCUACUGAAUCUGGCUAUAGCUGACAUGUGUUAUGUUUUGGUGCUGCCCAUGCGUGUGAUUUAUCAUGCUUCAAACGGUGACUGGCCACUUGGAGAGGCAUCUUGUCGCCUGGUGGGAUUCCUGUUCUUUAUAAACCUCUACUGCAGCAUGUACCUAAUAACUUGCAUUAGCCUGGACCGCCUGUUGGCCAUCAACCUGCCCUUGAAGUGGCAAUCCCUAAGGAGAAGUAAAAAUGCUAAAGUGAUUUGUGCCAUUUUGUGGGCAUUGGUGACUUGUUCAAUGGUACCUGUGCUCUUCUCUACUCAAACCUCACCCUUUUGGUCAUCAGGGAGGAAUGUGACUCUUUGUUAUCAGCUGUAUUUGGAGAAAACAUCUUUCAAAGCCCUUGUGUCAACGGCAGUUGCAAUUUCUAUACCUGUGGUCUCUCUGACGGUGUCUUACAUCCUCAUUUUUCUCAAGCUCAGAGUGAUGACAUUUCAUCAGAGGACAUCUGUCCAAAGUAAAGCAUUCAGAAUGAUCCUGCUGACUCUGGCUACAUUCAUAGUGGCCUUUGUGCCAUAUCACAUGCACCGUUUCCUGUACAUUGAGCGCCACACACAGGGCAAGUUAUCUGAUUCUGAAAUUAGAUCUUUGGCCUUUGGUAACCGAAUAACUUCUGCUCUCACAUGUGUUAGUGGUAUAAUGGAUCCGGUUAUGUACUUCUUCCUGGCUCGUAAUUACCAGAAGUCACUGCUUAAGCUGUGUGGAAGAGCAACAGAGACAGACAGGCUGCAGUCCACCACCUGAAUUUGACACUUUUUUUUUCUCUCUCACUGUAUUUAAAAACUUACAAAGAUUACAUUUAAUAUAUUUUAAUCCAAUGUACGAUAAAGUAAUGGGAUGUUACGGUCAUUGUCAUAAUAAAUAACAUAAUAUUUCAGUUUUGCGUGUGUGUGUGAUAACCCGUAAAAGUACAACAUGCAUUUUUGACAUAACCCAUUUGCAAUUAGUUAUGCAAUUACUCACCGACUACCACAAUGAAAGAAAUGGUAGAAGACAUAAGUGGAAGUUAUUUCCACUUCCAAGUUAUUUUGGAAGUUAUUUCACCAAGUUUUUGAUAGAGACUCCAAAGCGAGUUUAUAAGCCACUCUGGAUAAGGGCAUCUACUAAAUGCUGUAAAUGUAAAUACAUAAGCGAUUUAAAUGUGACCGUAUAUUCCAUAUAUAAAAGUGAAGUAAUCCAUGAAAUUAUAUGAUAUGAAGUCGAUCAAUCAUGGUUUACUUUAGUUAGUCUUCUUAUGCCUCAAUUUACACACCAUCAUGUAAACACUCCUACGAAUUUAUUUAUAUAUAUACAUAAAUUAUUAUGAUUAUUAUUAUGAUUAUUAUUUUUACAAAUAAAUUGCUGUGUAUCCUGCUUGAUAAAUUAAGCUCUUGAAUGACCUUGGUGGUUUUUGACAAAAUUUCCCUUUGUAGCUGAUGUUUAACUUCCCUUAACCCUUUUUCCUCCGCUGUCCUUUUUUUUGUGUGUGUUGCCCCUCUCUUUGGGCUGGAAAUGAGGUGUCAUUGAGUCCAUGUAACUAAACUCUGUCUUUUCUCUAAAUAUUA